AUGGCCGUGGCUAACCACUUGUUCAGCUUCAUCUACGCCGGAGGCUGGCCACAACACCACCAAACAAGCUCCCGACCAUCAUCUGGCAGAUCUUCUUUGGGUCACUUCCGUUCCCUGUCCUCCGUUGCCGCCACAACCCAGUCCUCGCCGCCUUCACCGACGCCGCAAAAAGCGCGAUUACCUAUCAAAUCACCAUCUACCUCACAACUACCGUCAAUCUCUCUCACAACAUCCCACUCCGCACCAGUGAUUAGCGAUGAGAUGAGCACGUUGCCGGAUCCGCGGAGUCGCUCGAAAAGCCCUUCGAAUGACGAAUCUGAGCCAAAGGCAAACCACCAUCCCGAUCUCGACGACGAAGUCGCCACCCUGAGCACCAAGCUCAUCAACGCAAUCAACUACCAAACUGUUUUAGAUGAUACCCUUUCCGCCACUCGCCAUGAAUUGUCCACAGCUAAAGACCGCAUUCGGGAGUUGGAAGCCCAUAAUGCCUCCAUGCGCGAUACCAUUCGAGGCGAUGUCUGGGUGCGCCGGUCGACGCUAGACGCCGAGAAGAAGGCAUUGCAUUUGGAAAAGAGAAACAUGCAGGCUAGGGUGGCAGAGGAAACUGCCAAGCGACUCGACACCGAGAAAGAGAAGAAGAAGAUUGAACAAGAACUGGAGAAUCUUACCACAGCUCUGUUUGAAGAGGCUAACAAGAUGGUCAUUGGUGCCAAGGAAGAGGCACAAGCCCAGCAUGAUGCUUUACAACGCAAAAUCGAUCAACUCAAGGGUCAACUCGCCGAUUCGGAAGGACUUCUCAAAUCUCAACAGGAGCAGCUUUCCGAGUUGAAGAGUGUCAUGGAAGCGAUGGCUUUGGAACGUGAUGACCAAACAAACGGUACAGCACCCCCUUCACCUGGCGUUGGCAGGUUCGACCAUGAAUACGACGACAGAGCUGUUCCCGAAGGGCAAGGAACCGAGCCCGGGUCACCUUCAGCUGAUACUUUCGCGCCCUGCCCGCCCUUAAGCCUACCGCACCUUCUCCAGCCGGUUUUACGAACGGACCUCGUCGCAUAUGAUGAUUUCAUGAAUCUUGCCAGACUAUCUCAUAACAGGUACUCUCCUAGCCGAGUCUCCUCGGGGUCAUUAGGCGGGUUAAAUGCUCUUGCACUUGGGCUUGGGGGCUCUACGUCUAGUGCUCAUCCUUCCAAUGCAUCCACAACUUCUCUCAGCGCUUCGGUCCCAGCUGACAAAAGUGCGCCUCAAUCACCCAAUACACCGGCAUCCACAGCGAGCAUUGGCUCCAGCGGCAUCCCGAUCCCACCACUAAAGGAAACUCGAUUUUACAAGCGUGCAUUGACUGAGGACAUCGAGCCAACUUUACGCCUUGAUACUGCUCCUGGCCUCUCAUGGCUAGCCCGCCGCACCGUACUGAAUUCGAUUGUGGAGGGAUCUCUUGUUGUUGAACCCAUCCCUGCGAGUGCGACUUAUAUUGCCCUUGCGAAACCUCAGAUGCAGCCUUGCUCUCUAUGCGGGGAAUCCAGAAAGGACUCACAGUACUUGCGAAACCAUCGAUUCAGAACCAGCGAAGCGGAUUCAGCGCAGAGGUAUCCACUGUGCAAUUACUGCUUAAAUCGUGUUCGAUCUACCUGCGACUAUCUCGGCUUUCUCCGCAUGGUCAAGGAUGGCCAUUGGCGAGCUGAUGACGAAGACCAGGAGAAGGCAGCCUGGGAGGAGAGUGUCAAGAUCAGAGAUCAAAUGUUCUGGGCUCGUAUUGGUGGCGGCGUCAUACCUGCUGCACCAGGUCAUGCCGAGGAAGAGGCGGACCAAGAGUCGAAAGCUGGUCGACCAUCCGAAGACUCAAACGGCCAAGACGCCCUGGGGACUGCUUCUGAAAAGAAGACCGUGUGUUUGACACCCGAGAACCGCAGCCACGAGGACAUUACCAAGACAGUCAACACUGAACCGCAUACUCCUCCCGAACAAACUGACGGCGGACGCACAUUACGUAUCUCUGUGCAGUCAGCCGACUCUCACAGCACUGGUGACUCUACCAGCACCAAGCGACAAUCCACCAUUUAA